CGGGGCCGGGAAAAGCGCCGGGAGAAGAGGAGGAAGGGGAGAGGGACCUGUUCUUCUCUGGGAGGAGCGGCUUUGUCCUCGGACCGGAAUAAAGAAACCGACCCGGUCCGCGGGGCGACGGGAUGCCGCAGCUUUAGGAUGGAGCUGAACCCCAAAGAUACUGGCAGGAGCACUCUGACUCAUUAAGCAGAGAGAGAAGACAGCUUCCCAGGCAUCAUCCCAGAGGAAUUCCCAACUGUGUUGCUCAAGGCAUCAUCUGGCCACCAUGGGAGUCAUGGAUGAGAAUGCCACCAACAUCUCCACCGGCUUCCCUUCUGUGCUUGACCCCCACGGAGCCCAGGCUGCUUCCUUCCCAUUUAACUUCAGCUACGGCGACUAUGAUAUGCCCUUGGAUGAAGAUGAGGAUAUAACCAAUUCUCUGACGUUUUUUGCUGCCAAGAUUGUCAUUGGCAUGGCCCUGGUGGGCAUCAUGCUGGUCUGUGGCAUUGGCAACUUCAUCUUCAUUGCUGCCCUGGCCCGCUACAAGAAGCUUCGCAACCUCACCAACCUACUCAUUGCCAACCUGGCCAUCUCUGAUUUCCUGGUGGCCAUUGUCUGCUGCCCCUUUGAGAUGGACUACUAUGUGGUGCGCCAGCUCUCCUGGGAGCAUGGCCACAUCCUAUGCGCUUCUGUCAACUACCUGCGUACUGUCUCUCUCUACGUUUCCACCAAUGCUUUGCUGGCUAUCGCCAUAGACAGGUAUCUGGUCAUCGUGCACCCGCUGAGACCCCGGAUGAAGUAUCAGACAGCCACGUGCUUGAUCGCCCUGGUGUGGGCCGUGUCCGUCCUCAUCGCCAUCCCCUCCGCCUACUUCACCACGGAAACGGUUCUCAUCGUCGUCAAGAGCCAGAAGAAGAUCUUCUGCGGCCAGAUCUGGCCGGUGGACCAGCAGAUCUACUACAAGUCCUACUUCCUCUUCAUCCUCGGCCUGGAGUUCGUGGGCCCGGUGGUCGUCAUGACGCUGUGCUACGCCAGGAUCUCGCGGGAACUCUGGUUCAAGGCCGUCCCGGGUUUCCAGACGGAGCAGAUCCGGAAGCGGCUGCGCUGCCGCCGGAAGACGGUGCUGGUGCUCAUGGGCAUCCUCACCGCCUACGUGCUGUGCUGGGCGCCCUUCUACGGCUUCACCGUGGUCCGCGACUUCUUCCCCGCCGUGUUCGUGAAGGAGAAGCACUACCUCACGGCCUUCUACGUCGUCGAGUGCAUCGCCAUGAGCAACAGCAUGAUCAACACCCUGUGUUUCGUGACGGUCAAGAACAACACCAUCAAGUACUUCAAGAGGAUCCUACUGCUCCACUGGAAGUCUUCUUCCAACGGCAGCAAGUCCAGCGCUGACCUUGAUAUCAAAACCGUGGAGGUGCCCGCCACCGAAGAGGUGGACUGCAUCAGGCUCAAAUAACCCAAGGGGCCCUGAGAAGUCCAAACGGGACUCUGGGGACACUGACCAGUGUACUUAGAUACACAUUAUCAGCACCAGAAACUCUUGGUUUGCCGCAGAGGGCAGAGGAAAUAGACGAUUAUGUGAACAUGGUGUCCAAGAACCUCAGAUUUUCUAAAACAGGUGUGAUUAGACACCAUCACCAGUGACUGACAGUCACUGAACGUCUGAUUUGUGCAAAGAGGAAGAGGCACUGGUAAACCCUGUGUAUGUUGAUGACACUGAAUGGCCCCAGAGAAGUAGGGAUUAAACCAAGAAAAAAUUUGAGCAUGGACAGCCUGGAAUAAGGAGGUUGCAGAGGGAACUGGAGUGGGCAUCUAGACAGGGGUACAUGUGUUUGUAGCGUGAGGGUCUCUGGACAACCUCAGUGACUCAUCAGACACUGAUGUAACCCAUUUCUAUGAUUGUUUUUGAGGCUUGACUUCACUUUUCACACCUGUGGGGUUGGAGUAAGAAUACAGACAUCCUCCCAGUUCUUUCUUCAGCCCUUUUCUUCUCACUCCUGGUCCUAACUCUCUCCGUGAGGAGCAUUACACGCAUGCUCAUGGAUACCUCAGUAUACAUGGCAAGUUCUAUCCAAACCCUCUUCCCCCAUAUUGCCCCAUGGCCAUGCCUCAGGCUUAGGGUCCAUAUGUAGUGAAGCUCAUGAUUAUAAGGAUGGACCCUGGGAAGAGGCUGCAGAGACCCUGGAAACUGUUUAAACGGGGAAUUAUGAGGUCUGGGUACCUGGAGCAAGUCAAGAGGGAAAAAGCUAGGCUCAGGAUGGGUAUGUCCCCUUGGAUCAAUGGCCUUCUCUCCCUCAACGGGUGGGGUCCAGACAGAGGAUCUCUGAAAGAGUGGGGGGCUCAGGGGAGGGGUUCAGGUUCUCUUGGUCUUAGGGUAAUACUGCUUCCACCUCUCAGUUAUUCUGAUUUGGACCAGUUAGACUUCUCCUUAAGUCCUUCUCAUGUCUCCAUGCUUGUGACUGUUUGAAAGGAAACACACACCUCGUGACUGUGGCUGUCAGCCAUUUUUUUCAUUCACACCAGCUUUCACCCUUAUUGGUACAAUUUAAGGGCAAGAUGUCUUUGUCCCUGGUGCCUGAAUCCCAUCAUAGACAUUAUUUCUUUGGAUUAAACCCUGAUGCUCUUUUUAAAAUGGAGGUACUUUUUGGAGGCAUAACCCAUUACAUUUCCAUUCCUUAGUGUAGGGUGCAAAUGAAGUCAUGUAAUCCAAUGACAGGUGAUGAAGCUCAGUGGUAGGGCCCUAGGGACCUAGGAAAGAAAGGGGCAUACAAGUGGUGGUGGUGUGUGUGGGUGGGGGGAGGGUCAGCUAACAAUGAGGCUCACUGAGAGCUUGUCCCACUUUCCAGUCACCUUUGUUUGGUGUUGUGAAUAUUGGAAUAUGGAGUUUUUGAACCAAAGGAUCUGAUCCAGCCUUGGCUUUGUCACCUCUGUGACCCUGGUAAAGCCUCUUGGAGGGAAUGAAGAUCACU